GCAACCAGGUCCCUGCUAUAAAAAGUGGAAAGAACCCCUGUGACUUCACCUUGCUGAAUGUACCUGUGGUAAGCAAGUCAACUAACCACAGGGAGUCAUGGGUCAGGGAGUACUUCUGUGUAUCCUGACAUGGAUGUUAUCCAUCAGCCAUGGUGCUACACAAAAAGAUGCACCCUCAAUUUCGGUCAAAGGUGGAAAGCAGCUCACUAUCAUCCCUGGAAUGCAAACCAUUCCAAUUAAAUCUGCUAUUAGCCCUGCUCACAACGGCCGAGUGUGUAGCACAUGGGGUAACUACCACUUCAAAAUGUUUGAUGGAGAAAUCUUCCAGUUGCCCACAACAUGUAACUACAUCUUCACUUCACACUGCAAGGGCACUUAUGAGGACUUCAACAUUCAGAUGAGGCGUUCAGUGGUCAGUGGUGCCCCCAUCAUCAACAAGAUUACCAUGAAGCUUGAUGGUACAAUUGUAGAGAUUACACAGGGAUUCAUCUCAGUUAACAGCAAACAGGUUCAGCUGCCAUAUAGCCAGUCGGGAGUCCUGAUUGAGAAGGCCAACUCAUAUAUCACAGUCACUGCUAAACUGGGGCUGAUGAUCAGGUGGAAUGAAGAAGACUCAAUGCUGCUAGAGAUUGAUGAAAAAUACCAGAAUGAGACUUGCGGUCUCUGUGGUGACUUCAAUGGUAUCCUGGGUUAUAAUGAUUUCAUUAAAGAAGAAACGAAAAUUACCCCAAUUGACUUUUCCACUUUCUGGAAGAUGGAUGAUCCAACAGAAACCUGUGUGGAGCCUUUUCCAUUCUCCAGUGACAACUGCAUUAAUUUGAUGCCUAUUUGUGAGCAGCUGAUUUCUAACCCUGCAUUUGCCAGCUGUAUGGAACUUGUUGCCUUUGACCAGUUUGUCAGUGCCUGUGUUCAGGACAUGUGCAACUGUAAUGAGACAAGCAGUAUGGACUGCCUGUGCAACACCCUGUCUGAAUUAUCCAGACAGUGUGUGCAUGCUGGUGGAGCCCCUCAAAACUGGAGAACGUCCACCUUCUGUGCUAAGAAAUGUCCAUUUAACAUGGAGUAUCAAGAGUGUGGAGUAUCUUGUGCAGACAGCUGCUCAAAUCCAGAUAGAAGUCACCUCUGCGAGGAGCACUGUAUCGAUGGCUGCUUCUGUCCUCCAGGCACUGUGCUGGAUGAUGUUAAGGGUGGUGGUUGUGUUCCUUUACAAGAGUGUUCCUGUAAGUACGAUGGAAAAAUAUACGCUCCUGGCGACUCUUACUCCAGUGACUGUCGCAAAUGCACCUGUUCUGGUGGACAGUGGGCCUGCAAAGAUCUGGAUUGUCCUGCAACCUGCUCUAUUGAGGGUGGCUCUCACAUCACCUCUUAUGAUGGGAAACAUUUCACAUUUCAUGGGGAUUGUACCUACAUAAUAAGCAAGAACUGCAAAGGUGAUGGUUUUAUUAUUGCGGCUGAGCUUGUGAAGUGUGGCCUUACUGACACAGAGACCUGCUUGAAGAGUGUGUUUGUUACAUCUGAAGAUGGAGAGCAAGAGUUUGUAAUCAAGGCAUCAGGAUCAGUAUUUAAGAAUGGGAUGUUGACUCAGCUGCCACUAACAACAGCUGAUUUAUCAAUCUUUAAACCUUCCUCAUUCUACGUCAUCAUUCAAAUUGCAUCUGGACUCCAGCUGAAGAUACAACUCACCCCAGUAAUGCAGCUCUAUAUAACUGCAAGUGUCAACAAUAAAGGCAAAGUCUGCGGUCUUUGUGGUAAUUUUAAUAGCAUGGAAAGUGACGACUUCAAAACCACCAGUGGACUGGUGGAGGGUACAGCUGCUGCUUUUGGCAAUACCUGGAAAACUAAUGGAGCAUGCAAAAAUAAAAAGGACAAUUAUGAAAAUCCAUGCAGCCUGAGCAUUGAGAAUGAGAAAUAUGCUCAGCACUGGUGUUCCAUGCUGUCAGAUCCUAGUGGUCCAUUUGCCUCAUGCCACUCAGCGGUCCAACCUGACAUAUACAAGACUAAUUGCAUGUAUGACAGCUGCAACUGUGAGAAGAGUGAAGACUGCAUGUGUGCCACUAUCUCCUCAUACGUUCAAGCCUGUACUGCAAAAGGAAUUCAGCUGGAAGGGUGGAGAGUAACCAUUUGCACUAAAUAUACCAACUGUCCCAAAACACAAACCUACAGCUACAACAUGACCAGCUGUGGACACACUUGCCGCUCCCUGAGUGAACCAGAUGACACAUGCAAGAUACAGCACAUUGCAGUAGAUGGAUGUGGUUGUGCUGAAGGGACAUACAUGGAUGAGGAAAACCAGUGUGUGCCAGCUGUGAAAUGCCCCUGUUACCAUAAAGGCUCAGUGGUGCCAGCUGGAGAAGUUAUCAGCAAGGACGGAACCACCUGCACUUGCAGACAAGGAACACUAAGUUGCAUUGGAGCACCUUCCACCAAACCAACAUGUAAAGCACCAAUGAUCUAUUUUGAUUGUAGCAAAGCUGAAACAGGAACAAAAGGAUCUGAGUGCCAGAAGAGCUGUGAUACCCUGGAUGCAUCAUGUUACAGUACAGAAUGUGUCUCAGGUUGCAUAUGUCCAGUGGGUCUUGUCUCAGAUGGUAAGGGUGGUUGUAUAUCUGAGAGCCAGUGCCCUUGCACCCACAAUGGUGAAAUUUACAAGCCAGGAGACAAGAUCAAAGCUGACUGUAACACAUGCACCUGCAAGAACAGAAAGUGGGACUGUACCACAGCCCAGUGCCAGGCUACCUGUGCAAUCUAUGGAGAUGGACACUAUAUAACCUUUGAUGGGAAGAGGUUCACAUUCAGUGGAAACUGCGAGUAUACUCUCACUCAGGACUUCUGUAGUAACAACCCUGGCAAUGGCACAUUCAGAGUGAUUACGGAAAAUAUCCCUUGUGGUACAACUGGGACCACAUGCUCCAAAACUAUCAAGUUCUACCUAGGGAACAAUGAGCUAAUCCUCACAGAUGGACAUUAUGAGGUAAUCCAGAGAGUUUCAGGUGCUGAGAUCCCCUACAAAAUCUAUAAGAUGGGCAUCUACUUGGUCAUUGAGGGCAGUGAUGGAGUGAUCAUUAUGUGGGAUAAGAAGACUAGCAUCUUUAUCAAGCUAAGUCCAAAAUUCAAGGGUCAUGUCUGUGGCCUGUGUGGAAAUUAUGAUGGAAAUGCAAACAAUGACUUUACCACAAGAAGCCAGUCAGUAGUGGUAAAUGCUCUUGAGCUUGGAAACAGCUGGAAGGUGUCCUCCAGUUGCCCAGAUGCUAAAGGCCACAAAGACCCAUGCCUUUCCAACCCCUACCGUCAGUCCUGGGCUCAGAAACAAUGCAGCAUUAUCAAGAGCCAAGUUUUUAAAACCUGCCACCCUCAGGUGGAUCCAUCUCCCUAUUAUGAUGCCUGUGUGAAAGAUUCUUGUGCCUGUGACACAGGGGGGGAUUGUGAAUGCUUCUGUACAGCAGUGGCUUCCUAUGCAGAGGCCUGUAAUGAGGCUGGUGUUUGUGUUGCCUGGAGAACCCCUGAUAUCUGCCCUCUUUUCUGUGAUUACUACAACUCACCUGGCGAUUGCGAGUGGCACUACCAGCCUUGUGGAACGCCCUGCAUGAGAACAUGUCGAAACCGCAGUGGGAAGUGUUCCAAACAGAUUCCAGGACUGGAAGGUUGCUAUCCAAAAUGCCCACCCGAAGCCCCAUUUUUUGAUGAAGAUUCAAUGACAUGUGUUUCACAAGAUGAAUGUGGCUGCUAUGAUGAUGAUGAUAAUGAUCGACACUAUAAGCAAGGAGAAAAUGUUCCCACCAGCAAAAACUGCAUGGUUUGCCACUGUGAUGAUGAAGAAAUUGAAUGUGUCUACAAUGUUCAUGCCUGUUACUGCAUUUAUAAUGGAAACAAGUACCCUUAUGGUUCAACUAUAUACAACACUACAGACGGUCUGGGAAGCUGUAUAACAGCCACAUGUGGACAAAAUGGAACCAUAAACCGAGACAUUUAUAUCUGCACAACUACAACCAAUACUCCAAGCUUCAGUUUCAACACACCUACUACCAGUAACUCUGGUACAACAUCAUGUUUAGAAGAAGUCUGUGAAUGGUCUGUCUGGUAUGAUUUAAGUUUUCCAUCUGAGAAGACUGGUGGAGACUAUGAGUCAAUUGACCACAUUCGGAUUAAAGACCAGUCUAUGUGUACUAAUCCACUCCAGGUUGAAUGCAGAGCCCAAGAAUUUCCUGAACUUCCUCUAAACCAAACAGGACAAGUUGUAGAGUGUAACACAUCUGGACUUAAAUGCAACAAUAAAGAUAACCCAACCAAAUGCCUGAACUAUGAAAUCAGAGCAUUUUGCUGCAAGCAGUAUCCUUGUUCUACACCAUCUACCAUAACUUCCCCUGUUACUACAACAGAAACAACAACAAGUCCUACAACCCCAGAAACUACAACCCCUACAACAACACACACUGUAACAACCACACUUUCAACACCAAUCACACACACCACAUCAUAUUCCACCUCUACUACUCCCAUCUCCACUUCUCGAACUACCUGCAGGCGUGCAUGCUUCUGGACAAAGUGGUAUGACUUUCAUUUUCCAACAUUUGGAACAACAGGAGAUGAGGUUGAAACACUUGAAAGGGUGAAAAGUGCUGAAGGUGCAGUCUGUGACAAGCCAAGCCAAAUUGAAUGUAGAGCAGAAAAAUUCCCCAACAAGACAAUUGAAGAAGUAGGACAGAUUGUGUCAUGUGAUGUUUCUCAAGGACUGAUAUGCAAAAAUCAACAGCAAACUGGACCUUUGCAUCUCUGCUACAAUUAUGAGAUAAGACUGUUAUGCUGUGAUCUUUACAAAUGUGAAACUUCAACGACAACAUCAGAAACUACCACAACAACAGAGACAACCUCAUCUACUCUCACCACCACAACUACUACAGAAACAACAACACCAACCUCAACUACCACCACAGAAACAACCACAACGCCAAUCCCAACACCAACCACAACACCAACCACAACUACAACCACGGAAACAACCACAAUGCCAACCACAACACCAACCACAACGCCAAUCCCAACACCAACCACAACACCAUUCACAACUACAACCACGGAAACAACCACAAUGCCAACCCCAACACCAAUCACAACACCAACCACAACUACAUCCACAGAAACAACCACAACACCAACCACAACUACAUCCACAGAAACAACCACAACCACGGAAACAACCACAACACCAACUACAACCACAACACCAACCACAACGCCAACUCCAACACCAAUCACAACACCAACUACAACACCAACCACAACUACAACCACAACACCAACCACAUCUACAAGCACAGAAACAACCACAACACCAACCACAACUACAACCACAACACCAACCACAACGCCAACUCCAAUACCAAUCACAACACCAACCACAACACCAACCACAACUACAACCACAACACCAACCACAUCUACAAGCACAGAAACAACCACAACACCAACCACAACUACAACCACAACACCAACCACAUCUACAAGCACAGAAACAACCACAAAACCAACCACAACUACAUCCACAGAAACAACCACAACCACGGAAACAACCACAACACCAACCACAACUACAACCACAACACCAACCACAACGCCAACUCCAACACCAAUCACAACACCAACCACAACACCAACCACAACUACAACCACAACACCAACCACAUCUACAAGCACAGAAACAACCACAAAACCAACCACAACUACAUCCACAGAAACAACCACGGAAACAACCACAACACCAACCACAACUACAACCACAACACCAACCACAACGCCAACACCAAUCACAACACCAACCACAACACCAACCACAACUACAACCACAACACCAACCACAUCUACAAGCACAGAAACAACCACAAAACCAACCACAACUACAAGCACGGAAACAACCACAACUACAACCACAGAAACAACCACAACUCCCACCACAACGCCGACCACAACUACAACCACAGAAACAACCACAACACCAAUCACAACAACAACCACAGAAACAACCACAACACCAAUCACAACUACAACCACAACUACAACCACAGAAACAACUACAAAACCAAUAACAACUACUACAACAAUGCCUACAGUUACUUCCACUCCCUCUUGUUUUUCUUGCAGUUGGUCACAAUGGAUUGACAUUAACUUACCUUCUUCUGGUCCAGAUAAUGGUGAUAAUGAAACACUGGAGGAUAUUAGAAAGGCAGGAAUACAUAUUUGUGAGAAACCAGAAGACAUAGAAUGUAGAGCUGCACAUUUCCAGAACACACCAAUAAAAGAUUUGCAACAGAAAAUCCAAUGUGAACCUUCUGUUGGGCUCAUUUGCAAAAAUAAAGACCAAGAUAUUCCUCCAGUUUGUUUCAACUAUGAAAUUAGAGUGAAAUGCUGUUCAAAUAAAUGCACCACAUCAACAACACCUAUUACUACAACUACACAUAUCGAAUCAACAACACAUAUUAUUAUUACUGAAACUAAACCUACAAUACCAGUUGCACAUCAGCAAUCAACAACCUGUAGAAAGUGUAGCUGGACAGAAUGGAUUAAUGCGUCUUCUCCAGGCACUAAAUCAAAGGGAGAUUAUGAGACAAUUAGCAUCAUCAGAAGGUUAGGUUAUGAUGUUUGUGAGCAACCUAGUGAUAUUAAGUGCAGAGCAGUGAAAUACCCUGAAGAGCCACUUUCAUCACUUGGCCAAAAUGUCUCUUGCAAUAUGAAGCAUGGUCUCAUUUGUAAUAAUGCAGACCAGACAGGAAAAAUUAAAACCUGCUAUGACUAUGAAGUAAUGUUUUAUUGCUGUCACAGUUGUGAGACAACAACCACUGAAACAAAAACACCCACCACAACUACUGAAACAACCACUACAGAAACAACAACUCCCACAACUACUGAAACAACCACAGUUACACCCUACUACACACCAACUACCACCUCAACCACCACAGAAACAACUCCCACAACUACAGAAACAAAAACAACCACUACAGAAACAACAACUUCCACAACAACAGAGACAACAACUCUCACAACUACAGAGACAACAACACCCAUCACAACUACUGUAACAACUACAACUACGCCUAUCACAUCAACAACUACCGAAACAACAACAGCAACUCCUGCAAAUACAACUUGUUGUGAAACAACAACAACUCCCACAACAACAACCACCACAACGCCCAUCACAUCAACAACUACCGAAACAACAACAACUCCUACAACUACAGAGACAACAACACCCACCACAACUACAGAGACAACAACAACCACUACAGAAACAACAACUUCCACAACUACAGAGACAACAACUCCCACAACUACAGAGACAACAACACCCACCACAACUACUGAAACAACAACAACCACUACAGAAACAACAACACCCACAACUACAGAGACAACAACACCCACCACAACUACUACAACAACACCCACCACAACUACUGAAACAACAACAACCACUACAGAAACAACAACACCCACUACAACUACUGAAACAACAACUACCCCAACAACUACAACUACUGGGACAACAACCACCACAGAAACAACAACCACCCCAACAACUACAACUACUGAAACAACAACUACCACAGAAACAACAACCACCCCAACAACUACAACUACUGAGACAACAACUACCACUGAAACAACAACUACACCAACAACUACAACUACUGAAACAACAACUACCACAGAAACAACAACCACCCCAACAACUACAACUACUGAGACAACUACCACUGAAACAACAACUACCCCAACAACUACAACUACUGGGACAACAACCACCACAGAAACAACAACCACCCCAACAACUACAACUACUGAGACGACAACCACCUCAACAACUACGAUUAUAUCAAAAACACCCUGUAAAUGUCCUAGUCUCAUACCUUCUACUAAGCAGGUUGAUAAAUGUUUAACUCCGAUAUGUGACGAUAAUUGUAACAUUGUAUACAACCCUGUAAAAUGUAAUCCCGGGAAUCCCCCUCAAUGUAUCAAUGGACUUCCCCCCAAAAAAGUGUAUGAUAAGUCUGGCUGCUGCUUCCACUAUGAAUGUGAUUGUUUCUGUUAUGGAUAUGGAGAGUCCCACUAUGUGACAUUUGAUGGAAUACUCUAUGACUUUAAAGCAAGCUGCACCUAUGUAUUGGUGAAGCAAAUCCACCCAAUUUAUUCAAACUUCCAAAUCAACAUCAAUGAUAAGUUUUGUGAUCAAGUAGAUGGCCUUUCUUGUGAACGGUCCCUCACAAUAUACUUCAAAAUGUAUGAGAUUGUGUUAUCCCAGGAGCCAGUAGAAGGACACGUCAGGAAUACGAUUUUUGUCAAUCAAGACAAAAUCAGUUCAGCCUUUAUUUCUGAUGAAAUUGUGAUCGUUGACACUGGAAUAUCUAUCACUGUGGAUAUUGCAUCAAUUGGAGUCUUUGUGACGAUGAAAGGCUUAAUGUUCAGUGUUAUCCUGCCCAUGGAAAACUUCCUCAAUAACACAGAAGGAUUGUGUGGAAACUGUGACAACAACAAGAAAAAUGACUGCUUACUUCCAAACCAUAAGCUUGACUCAUCUUGCUCCGAUAUGGCUCCUCACUGGAGAAUUAAGACUAACACAUCCGACUGUGAACUACAAACCACAACACCAACUACUCCCCACACCACGACAACAUCUGAACCAUGUAUUUCUACUGUCUGUGAUAUCUUCUACAGCAGCAUUUUUGAAGAAUGCCGGAAUGUUAUUGAAGUGACUUCAUUCUAUGAGAUUUGCAAGACUGAUGUCUGUGGGAAGCCACACAGUGUUUGCACAAUUGUAGAAACAUUUGUUUCUCUUUGUUCUUCUGCUGGUAUCUGUGUUGACUGGAGAACUUCCACAAAUGGAUUGUGUGAGUACAAAUGCCCACCGAAAAAGGAGUACCUGGCUUGUGGACCACAAAUUCCAAAGACAUGUGACUACAGACUGAAUUAUCAAAUCCAAGACCAGAGUGGUUGGGAUCUGCCCAUGGAGGGCUGCUUCUGUCCGAAUGGAACAAUUGCCUGGAACUCAUCAUCUGAUAUUUGUGUUACACCUGACUCCUGCACUGACUACUGCAAAGGACCUGAUGGGCUACCCAAGAAGGUUGGAGAGGUCUGGAAACUCCCGGGUAACAACUGCACAGAAUUUGAAUGUGUGGACUUUGGAGGCCAAAAAGUUGUUGUGGAGUCAAGGAUCACUUGUCCUGUCUUUGACAUUGACGAUUGUGUGCCUGGAACUGUGACCUCAGAUUCCAAUGGAUGCUGUCACUCAUGCACUCUGAAGAACUGCAAACUUCAGAAGAAGCUAACAAUUCUCCAUAACAAUAAGUGUAAAUCAAAGGAACCUGUUGAGCUGAAUUCAUGUGCGGGUGCCUGUGAAACCUUUUCAAUAUACUCUGAGCAGGCUAACACAAUGAUGAGUUCCUGCUCCUGCUGCCAAGAAGAAGUGACAAGCAAGAGGCACGUUGAGAUGGUAUGUGAGGAUGGCACUACUUAUGACUAUUCGUAUGUCUAUGUGGAGAGCUGCAGCUGUCAGCAGUCACAGUGUCUGGACCAUGAACAGCAACAGCAGCAACAGCAGCAGCAACACCAACAACAGCAACAGCAGCAACAGCAACAACAGCAACAGCAGCAAGAUGAAGAAGAGUUGCAGAAGAAAUCCCCUCCCAAAGGCAUCAAGACACAACAAAUUUAGACACUAUAGACAUAUAAUGUUGAAUUUAGGACUCUUCUGAUAUUUUCUUUCCUCUUUAUGCUGUCCCAUCUGAAGACAAUAAAUACCUGCUUUGUAAAAAGAUUCUUUAUAGCUGCUCAAUGUAGAAUAAGUGAUGCUGGCAAUGUUACUUAAUUUAUAACCAAUUUGCAAUCAACAAAACUGUUGUUCUUACGCAAGCAUUAUUUGAUUGAACAAGAAUCGGGUUCAGAAGGACUGUGAGCUUUAAUUAAAAAAAUGGACAUUGAAGGCACCAGCUUUUUUAGGUCCAAGAUGCUUUUCCUCUCAUUAACGCAAAUGUACUUUUAUAUCUGCUGCAUUUAAAAACAGAAUAUAUAAUAAACUUUCUUACAAUGCA